GUCACAGAUCAAAAAGAGUAAAACCGAGGAGAACACAAUACGGCAAGGAGUGUCUUCUUCAAAUUAAACAUGUUUAACCUCAAAUCAUCGCUGACACUGCUCCUGGUGACAUGUCUCCACCUUCAGCUUGGCAAUUCAGCCCCAUUCGAUACAGUUAAAGAGCCCCUGGAACCUCAUUUACACUUAAAUCAUAACGGCAAUGUUGAAAAUACUGCCGGAGGGAACCUGGCCCACGUUACCCCCAAACCAGGCAAUGCUUCUACAAAUGCUGUUACCCACCUCGCAGGAACUGCAAACACAACCACAGGACCGGCUGGAACAGUCAGCUCCUCCGUAGGUUCAGCGGGUGGGGCUACAAAUGUGACAUCUUCCACAGUAACUACCAGGGCUGCGAAUCCAGUCACUGGUGCGGCAGGUUCUGCCGUCCCCAACAGCAAUCCUGCUGCAGGUGUCACCCCAAGAGCUGACAAUCUAGUGCCCACAGCCAGUCCUGCCACUCAUGGUAAGUCUGAAUGAUCACUUAGUAUAUUC